AUGACUAGCUUGACAGCCCAAUUGAAAAAUCUAUCUAUUGAAGAGCCAAAGGCUCUUGAAGGUUCUUUCCCAGAAGUCAAUGUUGUUGAUUUGAUGAGAAACUAUAUUGCCCAGGAACUGAGCAAGAUUUCCGGCGUCGAUGCUGCUCAAAUCUUCCCUGCAUUGGAAUGGACUAACACCAUGGACAGAGGUGAUCUUUUGAUCCCAGUUCCUAGAUUGGUCAGAACCAAGGGCUCCAACCCAAGAGAAAUUGCUACUGAAUGGGCCGAGAAGUUCCCAUGCGGUGACUUUCUGGAAAAAGUUGAAGCCAACGGUGCCUUUGUUCAAUUCUUCUUCAAGCCAGAAUUCCUAUACAAGACUGUUAUCCCGGAUGUUAUCACUAGAGGUGAAGAAUAUGGUGCUUGCAAAAUGGUCGACAACAAAAAGAUCAUCAUCGAAUUUUCCUCCCCAAACAUUGCCAAGCCUUUCCAUGCUGGUCACUUGAGAUCCACCAUUAUCGGUGGUUUCUUGUCCAACCUUUACGAAAAGCUUGGUUGGGAUGUCACUAGAAUGAACUACCUAGGUGACUGGGGUAAGCAAUUCGGUGUCUUAGCCGUUGGUUUCGAAAGAUAUGGUGACGAAGAAAAGCUAGCCAAGGAUCCUAUCCACCAUCUAUACGAAGUUUACGUUCGUAUCAACAAGGACAUCGAAGAAGAAGGUGACUCUCUACCUGAAUCUGAAUCUACCAACGGUAAAGCUCGUGAAUACUUUAAGAGAAUGGAAGAUGGUGACCCAGAAGCUUUGAAAAUUUGGAAGAGAUUCCGUGACUUCUCUAUUGAAAAGUACAUUGACACUUACGCCCGUCUAAAUAUUAAAUACGAUGUCUACUCAGGUGAAUCCCAAGUUUCUAAAGAAUCUAUGCAAACGGCCCUAAAAAUGUUCCAUGAGAAAAACUUGACUCACGAAGAUAGAGGUGCUACUCUAAUUGAUUUAACAAAGUUCAACAAAAAGCUCGGUAAGGUCAUUGUUCAAAAAUCAGAUGGUACUACUUUAUACUUGACUAGAGAUGUUGGUGCUGCCAUGGACCGUUACGAAAAAUAUCAUUUCGAUAAAAUGAUUUAUGUCAUUGCUACUCAACAAGAUCUGCACACAGCUCAAUUCUUCGAAAUCUUGAAACAAUUAGGCUUCGAUUGGGCUAACAAGUUACAACACGUCAACUUUGGUAUGGUCCAAGGUAUGUCUACAAGAAAAGGUACGGUUGUUUUCCUGGAUAACAUUCUAGAAGAAACCAAAGAGAAGAUGCACGAAGUUAUGAAGAAGAAUGAAGCUAAAUAUGCUCAAAUCGAUAAUCCAGAUGAAGUUGCGGACUUAGUCGGUAUAUCUGCGGUAAUGAUCCAAGACAUGCAAUCUAAGCGUAUUAACAACUAUGAAUUCAAAUGGGAAAGAAUGCUUUCAUUUGAAGGUGAUACCGGUCCAUACCUGCAAUACGCUCAUUCUAGAUUGAGAUCUGUGGAGAGAAAUGCCGCUGAAAUUCCAAAGGAAAAGUGGGCUUCAGCUGACUUCUCUCAACUAAAGGAACCAGCUGCCGCUCUUCUUGUUAGAUUGCUAGGCCAAUACCCAGAUGUGUUAAGAAAUGCUAUGAAGACAAAUGAGCCUGCCACUGUUGUUACCUACUUGUUCAAAUUAACCCAUCAAGUUUCUUCUUGUUACGAUGUCCUAUGGGUUGCAGGCCAAACUGAAGAGGUUGCUACUGCUCGUCUUGCACUAUAUGGUGCUGCCAGACAAGUUCUAUACAACGGUAUGCGCUUGCUAGGUCUAACACCUGUUGAAAGAAUGUAA